UUCGAGCUGUUUUCUUCUUUUUCGCAGUUCUGGGUCCACCAACGGUACGGCAGUCAGCCUCGAUUGCACCUUCCUCAACAACACAUCAGUAUCUCCCAUUGACAAAGUGACAGCUUACAAGAAGCUGAAUGAGGAAACCAAGAACUGCACCUCCUUGGGACCAUAUACAAUGAACAGCGAUAGUCUCUAUGUCAAUGGGUAUCAUGAGAAGCCAGUUCCCUAUCCUCCAGCUCAGUCUUACCCUCUUAAUUUUACAAUUACUAAUUUGAAGUUCAUACAAGACCUGACAAAACCAGACUCACAAAAGUAUAAUUACGUCGAGGCCACAAUAAUUACCCUGAUGGAUAAUCUUUUUAAAAGCAGUGAAGUGAGCAACUCAUACCAGGGGUGUCGGAUUGUGAGAUUUGGGUCUCAACAAGAUGGAAAUGACACUACUGUUAAUGCUUUGUGUGAUUUCAAAUCCGAGAGUUCUGAAACGGCAAUCAAUAAAGUCAAGGUGUAUGAAGUGUUCAAAAAUGCAACAUAUAACCUCAAAAAUCUGGGACCUUACAACCUUGAUAAAGACAGCCUUUAUGUCAAAGACUAUACAGAGAGAGACUCUUCACUCCCCAUCCCCACCACCACCCCCACCACCACCAGUCCUCCGAUAGCCAUCAGCCCCAGUGACAUGGUCUUUGACCUCAAUUUCACCAUAACCAACAGAAACUACAGCCCAGGCAUGCUGGAUGACACAAACUCGCCUCUGUACAAGGAGAUUCAGGCCAAUGUAACAGCAAUGCUUGCUGCAUUGUACAAAAACAGCACCGUAGGAAACAACUACAAGUACUGUAUAGUUACAGGUUUGAAGUUAGGUUCUGUAAAGGUAAGCUGCGAUUGUUUCUUUAAGCCAACGGAUGAGAUCAAAACCCUUGACAGUGAUAUCAUUAGAGACACAUUUGCAAAGGGAACCAACAACACUGAUUUACUGGGAGGGAUGUAUAACCUGCAAAGGGACAGUUUAAGUGUAAAAGACACAACUGUUGUAAUCGUGCCUCCUCAGCCAAAAGAAGAAUUCCCUUUCUGGGCCAUCAUUAUCAUUGUCCUUGGUAUCAUGUUUAUCCUGUUUCUGAUCUUCCUUCUGUGCUUCUUGUUGGCAAUGGUUAGACAGCGCAGGCGUAAAGACUCGUACCAGGUGAUGCAGGCUCCCCAUGGCCUGUACUUCCCCCACCUGAGAUGAAGACGUUUUCCAACACUUUAAUGAAUGAUCUGAGGACCUGGGGGGAAAAGGACAAGAAAGAGGACAACAUUGAGCCAAUGCAAUAUUUGUAUGCCAAUAUAUAUGGAUAUGGUUCUCUGGUUAAUUAUGACUUUUAAAUGAUGUGCAAUAUAUUUAUUCAAGCUAUUAAGAAGACAUUUCUACUUGUAGUUUAUUUAUUUUAAUGGGUUAAUCUGUAAUAAAAAUGUUGGCCCUAUAUAUUCAUAUUUUAACUUUGCAAAAAGAAAUAUAUCUCUCACUCUAACAUGGGUAGCCAAAAACACUGGAACUUUCACAGAUAAAAAUAGGAUUUAUAUAUUUUGGAUGGCUCCAACGACAACAUAGAUUCACAGUCGAUGCAGAUAGCCCAAAACAUGCUGUAACAUCAGCAAUAAAUAUAGGGGAAAAGGGUUCAAAUCAAUAUAAUAGUGAAUCAAAUUAAUCUUGUUAUUGUAUAUGUAAGUAAAUAUUAUAUGUGUAGUACCUGUCAUGAUUGAAAUGAUUAAAAUGCCAGUGGCAUGUUUUAUUUUUCAGAUUUCAAAUAAAUUAUUACUCCUGAUG